AUGAUGUUUCUUCGCACCCUACUCUUGGCAUCCUGGGCGGUGUUUGCAGUUGCUGACUAUGGCGCCGGGAAUGGCUAUCAAGGAGGAGGAGGAAGUGGAUAUCAAGGUGGACAAGGUGGAAGUGGAUAUCAAGGAAGCCAAGGGGGCAGCAGUUAUGGUGCUGGCUACGGUUCUGGCUACAAUGGAGGCCAGGGUACUGGUAAUGGGUAUGACUCUGGAAGUGGCUACCAAGGAGGAGGAGGUUCGCAGGGGUCUGGUUACAGUGGAAGCGGUGGCUCUGGUGGUGGCUACCAAGGAGGAGGUUCGCAGGGGUCUGGGUACAGUGGAAGCGGUGGCUCUGGUGGUGGCUACCAAGGAGGAGGUUCCCAGGGGUCUGGCUACAAUGGAAGCGGUGGCUCUGGUGAUGGCUACCAAGGAGGAGGAGGUUCCCAGGGGUCUGGUUCCGGUAGCAGUCAAGGUGGAGGAGGCGGAAGUGGUGGAUACGGAGGAGGCGGUCAAGCGUAUUCUGGUAACACCAUCACAGCUAUUGUUGCGUCGAGCGGCUCAUUCGACAUUCUUGAAGCUGCUCUGCGUGUCACAGGGCUCGACACUGUACUGACUGGGCCCGGACCAUUCACUUUGCUAGCCCCUACUGAUCGCGCCUUUGCUGAAGCUGGAAUCAACGCUGUUCAGGCCCUCGACACGGACACGCUCGAGGCUAUCCUCUUGUAUCAUGUCUUUGGUAUGAACGUUCCGUCAUCAUCCUUGGGAAACGGGCUCUACAGGUCGUACACGAACAAGAAUAUGAUCGUACAAGUUUCUCAGUACGGAGUUACCUUCAAGAGCACUGACACCUCCGCCAGUGUCACGCAAGCUGAUAUUACUGCCAGCAAUGGCCUGAUCCAUAAAGUGGAUGGUGUGCUCAUCCCGCCGCCCAACUGCGUAGACUUGAUUGCUUCCAACUCUCGAUUGGACCUGUUUUCUGCUUCUUUGCAAAGGGCUGGUCUUGAGGAUGACAUUGCAAGGUACCCCAGUACAACAAUAUUUGCGCCCAAGAAUAAUGCUUUCAGGGAAGCCGGGCACAGCUCAAUCCGUGCAAGUGACCUUGUCGACAUCCUCCUGUACCAUGUCUUGGACUUUGGCAUUCUCAGCGAUGAUCUGCAAAACGGUGACUACCUGUACACUCUUGAGGGCAGCUUCGUCGAAAUUUCCGAGGACUACUCCUACAACACCUUCGUCAACGAAGCUCAGACACUGGCUAUCAAGGAAGCCAAAGUGGCGGCAGCUAUCAAGGUUCCGGAUCCCAACAAGGCUCUGGAUACCAAGGAAGCCAAGGUGGCGGUAAUCAAGGCUCUGGUUAUCAGCAAGGGUCUGGAUAUCAAGGAAGCCAAGGUGGUGGUAAUCAAGGCUCUGGUUAUCAGCAAGGGUCUGGAUAUCAAGGAAGCCAAGGUGGCGGUAAUCAAGGNUCUGGUUAUCAGCAAGGUUCUGGAUACCAAGGAAGCCAAGGUGGCGGCAGUCAAGGCUCUGGAUACCAAGGAAGCCAAGGUGGCAGCAAUCAAGGCUCUGGUUAUCAGCAAGGGUCUGGAUAUCAAGGAGGUCAAAGUGGUGGUGGCUAUCAGCAAGGUUCUGGAUACCAAGGAAGCCAAAACGCUGUGUAUGGAGGGUAUGGGCAGUGAGUGCGGAGUACCGCACAGUAUCCAACAGCGAGCGUCCCAUUCCAUGGGGGAAGAGAUGAGGAGAACAGGGCAAAUCUCGCGAAAGUGCUGUCCGCUAGAAAGGGAGAAGCCGGGAGCUUAG